GUCCCAAUAACACAGGGCAUGUAUGAGUUGCUGGUUAGUUUAGAAUGGGGAUGUGGCUGGCUGUCACUCAGGGUAGCUCCCGCCUCCUCCCACCCCCUGUAAAGUAUAAAAGGCUCCCAGGUUUGCCUUUUACACUCAGAGCAUUGGUUGUAUAACAGCUACAUCCUUAUCUGCCUCAGAAAGGCAAGUGGACAUUAUUUUGAAAGUACCUGCAUCUCUGGACCUUCCAUCAGUGCUGUGAAGCCAGGAGCUCAGAGCAGCUCUUAGACCUCCAAUCAAGACCUCAGCUUCUUAGGUUCCACAGGGCAGAAUGAAGAAGAUGGUGCUGCAGAACGUGCUGCUUUUCUGUUUGCUGGCCUCUGUCUUGCGCUGUGCUCUGUGUGCAGCGCUUCGGUCUGAUGAUGGGCGAGACAACAAGCUGAGUGUGUGGCUGAGGAGCAGGUUGAGGAGGGAGCUGUGUGUGCCUGACAGUAUGGAGGAUUCAGCAGAACUUCUCCCUCAGCAGCAAGAUCAGAAUACACACGCCCUCACACACAAGCACAGUGGUCAUAGUGGGAGGGUGAAGCGGGGCUGCAAUCUGCUCACUUGUUCGAUGCAUGAUUUGGCACACCGCAUCAGCCAGAUGGGAGAGAAGACAGACAGUGCACCCCCUGAGAAGAUCGGCUCAGGUGGCUAUGGCCGCAGGAGGAGACGCUCACCACCACAGAGCUCCACUGAGUUGACCCACGAUCAGGGGCUCCAUCCCCAGAGACGUGCGGCACCUCAAAACUGGACUUAAUCACCGACCUGCGGUUUGUUCUGAGCCUUUUUUCUCAUGCUGGCUCAGUUUGCUGAAAUACUACUGACUGCUCCUUUGCUAAACUUUAGGGAAUCCUCUCCAGACACAAAGGUGGGGGACAAGCGCUACACCUGCCAGCAGCUGGAACUCCUUUUACCACCCUUUAUCAGAGAGACAGGACUGAGGAUAAAGGCUCGGGUCACCUGGAGAGAAGGGGUGUUUGUGUAUUGUGGGUCAGGCAGUUCUGUCUGGGGGGAGCAGGAGUUUGAGGGAGAUCAGAAGGGGUGGGUGGGUGUGUGUAGGUGGGUGGGGAUAGGAGAGUGUGGGUGUAAAGCAGCGGUGUAGUGGAUAGUCGAGAAGUCCUGGGUGCAUGGGUUUAGGAUUUUGCUCAUUUUGAGGGACCUCUGGGACCUGACAAGGCUCUCUGUCUCUCUCCCAGCACAGGAUGUGCCUCGUCUUGACCAUCCGGAGGAGCAAUGGGCUUAACCAGGAUCUCUACCAGCAGUUCUGUGCUUUCUAGCAGGGAGAAAGGACCAAAACAGAGAAAAUGAGACUUUAAACCAGCUAAAAGACACUGACCAACAAAGACCCACCAGAGCCAUAAAGAAAGGAGACAUCUUUGCUGAAGUUGGAUGUGGUAUAGACAAUAUCUGGCAAAGGAGGAAGCUCACAUACUUGAAGCUGGAUGUGUAUAUACAGAGGGAACUGUGCAAUAUAUAUUUUUUUGAUCAAUAUGUAUGUAUUCCAACAUUAAUGUCUAUAACAAUGUACGAUAUCUUAUGGAAGCAGCUCGGUAUGUUACUCUUUUAAAUAUUUAUACAUUCCUUAAUGUGCUUGUAAUCUUGGAGAUAAAACUAUUUUUAUACAUGAAGUUAUAAUAUGGGCAUUGUAUUUUCCAGCUAUUGUCAUUUUGAAUGAAUGAGAUAAUUAACCAGUGUUUUUUAUACUGCUUGUGUUAUAAACAUGCUUUCUUGUGAAUCAUUGUUAAGUGAAGGCAAAUUAUAUGAUCAUCUAUUAAACUGUUGCAAGAGAAAA